UGCGACACUAGGAAGAAGACGAAGAAGAAAACCCGGAAGAUGGUUUUGUUUGGGUUUUCGUCGCGGCGGGAAAGCUCUCCCAGGAAGUAAACAAACUGCAAGGUGAGACAUGUUGACCGCAUCAUCCAAACAGCGGGAUGUGGCCAAAUCUAAAAUCUCCCCCGUUCUAUUUCUGACCGUGGACGGCGAACCCAUGUCUUUCUUCUUGCGCCCGGGUCCUGUUAAACGCAAACUUCAGCCGCUCAUCACAGCUGGGGGAGGUUUGUUGUGCAAUGUCCAGCAGCCAGGAGCAAUCCUGCUGAUUAACCCAGAGGAAAGAGGCUCUAUUCCUGAAACAACUGCUCACUGGUACGUGUCCACCCAGUACAUUAUCAACUGUGUUGAGAAGGAUGAACAGCUAAACUUAGAAGACUACAGGUUAAAUCCUGGAGUGGACACAAGACACUCUGCUAGACUCAACAAUAGCAAAGAGAGCUCCGGUUUCUUAGGAGGCAGGGUUGCCUACACACCUGAAGAUGAUGCUGCCAUUUUGAAUUAUGUCCGCGAACACAACACAGAGGUUGGAGGAAACCGGCUCUGGCAAGAGAUGGAGAAGCAGUGUGUGACCACUCACAGCUGGCAGUCCAUGAAAUAUCGUUACAGAGUACGACUGGCAAAGAAACGGUCAGAGGUUGUGGAGGUUGCACCAACAGAGGAAGACACCAAGGAAGCAGAGGAGGAGACCAAGGUAGAAGGAAAUCAAGAGACAGACGCUGCACAAGCUGCUGCUUCUGCUUGGACAGAUUCAACAGCGGCAGACCCUCUUCAGACACAUUCAGUGGAAUCAGACCUAACACAGAUUGAAGACCUGUCCAUACCAGCUGAAAGCACACAACAAGAAAUUGUAGAGGCUCAAACAUCGGCCUCUCCAGAAGGAGAAGUGCAACAUGUGAGCCCACAGACAGAUAAACAACCAACUGAAAGCACACAAGCAGAGACGGUAGAAGCUGAAACACCUAACUCCCCCCAGAUCACAGAGGAUCCUUGUGUGGACCCACUGACAGAUGCUCACCCCAUUCCAGCUGAGAGCACAGAACCAGAAACAGAUGAACCACAAACAAUCGUCUCUCCACAAAAAGAAAGCACGCCAGAGGACUCUCCAGCAGCUCAGCCCAGAUCCCUGCCUGACACCUCCUCUCAGAAGAAGCCAAAAGAGAAGCAGAAGGCCUCCCCCGAGCCGGAACAACCACAGCGUCGGUUUACACGCAGGCAGCUUCAGCUUGAGGAGUUGUUAUCGCAUAAACCGUAUGGCAAAAAACUCAGAUCAGCAUCAAGUUCUGCUGAGCAACCGUCAUCAUCUCCCCAGCCCUCGAAGAAAACUAAAUCAGCCGAUAAGUCCGCUCUUCAAAAAGACACAACAGCAGACCAGCCGCCGUCUAAGAGAGCCAGAGGAAAGAGCACGGCAGCAGUGGAAGAGAGUCAACAAGAAGAGAUUACAGAAUCCAGUUCAGUGUCACAGAAAGGAGAGAAGAAGAAAGAAAAGAGAAAGUUGGGGAUUCUAGAGUUGGCUACAAAAGAGUUUGAAGAUGAAAGUGAGUUCGAAGAAGAUGAAGCUCCAGAUCUCCAAAACCCGACCGCAACAGGGACGAUACAGCCCAUAUUGACAGACUCCACUUCAGACACAGCAGAGCCUGUCUCUACACAGUCCAACAACAGAUAUGGACCCAGCCUCCAGGAGGAAAUGCAAGAGACUCAGACCUCCACUAGCAGCGGCCUACAACAGACUCGCUGCCCUGAGCCUGUAGCCACAAAGGCCUCCGAGGCCCACCUGUUCAUAUUUGACAGUGAAUCUCAGGAAGAAGACUCUCAGUCCAUUGUUGGUGAAAGUACAGUAGCUCCAGCCAUACAACAGCCACGAAUAGACAAAGACGACGCUGCGUUUUCACUGACUCAGGUCCAGUUGGAAGAGAACAAGCAGCGAAUCAGAGAGCUGAUGAACAAGACGAAGCAGGACUUAGCCAGUGUGACCAAAGCCCUGCUGAAGACCAGCGGAGACUUCUCUGCUGCUCUGGAUCUGCUUCUGAAUCCCUCCUCCUUUUCAGCACUGUUUUGGGAUCGCUGUGACGACAGUCUUCUGCACUCAGCUGAUCUUGUGGUCCGACAGCAGCUGCUAGAGAAAUACGGUGAGGAGGCCGUAGCCAAAAGAAUCGUGUUCCUCGAGAUAGAGAGAUGAAAAUGAUUGAUAUUUAGUAUAGAUAGAAAGGAGGAAAAUAUCAGAUCUGGACAUAAGGAGUAUACUUGUCUUAUAUAUCACCUAACAGAGGGACAUAAACGAGCUAGUUAGCUGAUAUUCAGUAGAGUUUGAAUUUCCACUUUCUCUGUUGUGCUGACCCCGAUUCUUCAGGAAAGUUAAUCUCUCCUUCAUUGCUGCUCCUCUUGACUAACUUUGAAGAGGUAAAAUCCCAUGUGAGGAUUAAACAUUCCCUGACUGUUUAACUUUUAAAAACUUUUAGGUAUAUUAAGUUAAGGCUAUUGUUUGUGUCAUGGUUUAUACCUUUGUUUGGAAACAGAAACUUGUAUGUGUUUUAACAUGAUAAUACUGUAUUAUUUUAUGUGUAUUUUAAAAUGUUUUUUGUUUUGUUUUCAUUUAUUUUUUUUAAUAAAUAGAUUAUUACCAAUGCUUUGCAUUAUGAAA